UGGUUUUCAGCAUAGAUCCGUUCAUCUGACGUGCCAGCGUAGAGACCCCGCCAACCUGAAGUUUUAAAUCGAAUAUCACUGUACUGCAGAAGUCAUCGCGCCCUUCAUGGACAACACAACAGCGUUGACCGAGGAGCAACUGUCCGGCGCUCCGUAUACCGGGACCAUGACGGGGGGUGGCACGGCAGACAAUUCGACUGACGGUACCUUGCCAAUCCCAGCCUGUCUCUUUAACCCGCACGUUCCUACAACCAGCGAGUUGAUAACAGUCGUUAUGAAGAGUCCCAGCCUCAUCUUCAUGAUGAUUCUUGCUCUUCUGCUGGUUUUCUUGACCGUGUUGAUGUACGUCGAGGGGCAGGUCUACAUUUGCAAGAAAAUCCCGGGGAGGCGAAAGGUUCACCUCUCAUUCAUCUUCAGCCUGUACCCGGUGUUUUCGACGACAUCAUUGUGUGGAUUUUACAUUCCGAAGGCACACAUUGUGGCCAAAUUCACCUCAGAAAUAUGGUUGUCUCUAGUACUCUUUCAGUUUGUACUUCUAGUGAGUGAGUACUAUGGGACCAGCGAAAAGAUGCUGUUAGUGUUACACGGGAGGAAGAUUCCUUUAGCUGGUCCCCCGUGCUGCUGCUGUUGCUGUUGUUUCCUUCCAUCCGUCCUGAUUAACGAGAAAAAUAUUGGGAAAUUCUCCCGAAGAGUGAAAAUUCUGGUGCUGCAGGUUGCGGUAUUGAGACCUAUUCUAUGGUUUAUCGCCAUCAUCCUCUGGAUCAAUGGCAACUAUAACGAAGGAGAGCUCUCCAUCAAUGAUGCCUACCCAUACAUGACUUUGAUUGCUCUCAUCUCCAACAUGGUGGCGCUGCAAGCUCUCGUCACUUUCUUCAGGAUCUCGCAGGACCCCCUGUCCUCCUACAAAGUCAAGCCCAAGUUCUUCACCGUGCAGUUAGUGUUGAUCAUCACAAGCAUCCAGAGUGUGAUCACGGGUGCCUUGGCCAAGUUUGGCGUCAUCAAGUGUCUGGGACCUUAUAACUCCAGUGUCAACGGAAAAAUGAUUGUCGACUUCACUGUUAUUGUGGAGAUGUUCUUCUUCAUGAUCUUAGCCGCACUUUGGUACCGCCGUGUAGAGGGCAACGUGGACCACGACCUGAUCGAGCGUCAGACUUACAAGAGAUUGUCCGAGACUAUUUACAAGAGAAACCCGCGUGAGCAGAUCAUGCUGCAGCGUCACAACGCCCCCAACGACGGCGAAGCGGACAUGACGACAACGCCCUCGCCGGUGCCGCGAUGCCAACCGGACGGCAUCUGGCUGUACAGAGGAAUGAACGGGGACGGCUUGGCAUCGGCAAAUGGGUUAAACAGCGCCUCUGACUGCAAAAUGGACAAACUGCUGUUGAACUGUCAGAAAGAACCUCUUCUGAACAACACAUCUGGCGGGAAGGCCCUUACCCAUAUCCAGCUCCCAUCAACUUUUGCCAUGGACAACUUUGCGUCUUCCAGAGAAACUGAUGUUUGAAGAAGAAUGGAGCAGUGAUUGAAACAUUCACCGGGGCUCAGUCAUCUCGGGACACUUCAAACCUCAGAAAUUUCUGUCUACAAAAAGCUGCACAUUUUAAGGACACGGAAUUUGAAGAAAAAUUACUUGCCAAGCGUUGAGGCUGGCUCUUUGAAUAUUAAUGAUGAGCAUGGAUGUAAAUGAAAAAUAACCUUUAACUUAAAAAACCAAGCACGUAUCGGACCAUUCGAUUUCCCAUAAAGAACGUGCUGUUUACUGAUUUGCCUUCCCUGUGUGAUGUAAGAUUAAUAUUUCAAUAACCAGGAUUUGAACAUUUAUGAUCACUUCUGUAAGUUUUAUUAUCCAUGUAUUUGUACUUAUCAUUUUUUAACUUAUAGUGGACCGAAAGGUUUUUUUCUGACCGCCGCCGUUGAGAAACCAAAUUUUUGAGUGGAGGGGGUAGAAAACUAUCACUUUGGUGUUGGCCCUUUUGCCUUUUUGAAGGAGUGGGGUUUAAUUUUCACAUGUUUUUGGAUGGAAGUGACACGAAAUAGCCCAGGGCUAUUUAUUUCUCUCAUUAUAAUUAUACCAAACGAAAUUGAUCCCCCCUCCACCAAACUGAUUCAGACACCGCAGUGUUGAUUUCAGCCCAGUCUGUAACGUCGUCAGUUGUUGCCAAAAGAAAUAUUUUUUGACGACGGGGUCUUGAUGCAUCAUGUUAGGGGUGCUCUUUAAUUUUAGAGGACUUGUCAUUUUGUGGCAAGUCAUUAGUAGCUCAGUCCACACACAAGAAAUACAGUGCUUAAUUUGCAAUUCAUUAAAUGCGUCCAAACAGGUUCUUUUUUGGCUGACCUAAAGACCUGAAUACUUCAAAGGCAAAAACAGAACUUAAUACAAUCAGUGGUCAUCUUGAAACCUAAUGAACAGUGACUGGCUUAUUUGUGCGAACUGCGCCUUCAUUCAAAGAAAGUGUUAUGCCGCCAACAGUAUUACCGAGCAGAAUGUAGCGCGGUCUCUUUAUUCUAACGCUGUCUUAUCUGCUUGCAAGUGACUUUUUGUAACAAUUUUCAAUUCUAGUUUUCACGAUGAAAUGAUUUUGAAAAUAAAUCUGCAAUUGAACUUUUGUUUCCGCCUUAAAUUUUGAUCGUGUGAUAUUGUAAAGCCGUGAA